AUGGAGCUCAAGACUGUCCUUAUUCUCGCUGCAAUCUACAUAGCUGUCCGCAUCUUCCUCAAGUCCCGCACCUCAAGCCCCGCAGCCACGAUGUCUCACGGAAAGGUCACUGAGAUCGACAACCAAGUCAUCUUCAAAGCCCUCGUCUCCUCCGGCCCCGUCGUCGUAGAUUUCUUCGCAACCUGGUGCGGACCCUGCAAGGCCGUCGCCCCCGUCGUCGGCAAGCUCAGCGAGCAGUACGAGAACGUCCGUUUCCUCCAGGUGGAUGUCGAUAAGCUGCAGGUUGUCGCGCGGGAGCUGGGUGUGAAUGCUAUGCCUACGUUCGUGGUGUUCAAGGACGGCAAGGAGGUGAGCCGUGUUGUUGGCGGUGAUAUGAAGAAGCUUGACGCUCAGAUCAAGGCGAUUACGGCAUAG